AGACUCCCCUAGGAGCGAGGCUACAGGCGGGUUUCAGCGCGCGGUGGGUGAGUGGGCAACUCGUCCCUCCCUGUAAAUUCGGUGGCGCCUUGCAUUUUCCAACUUCUCACUUGUCAAGUCCUUUCCCGAAUAGGAAAGACAGCCUCUAUAUGCUGUCUGUGGUUGGCCAAGCACAGCCCCAAGUCGCCGCGCGCCACGGCUGGGACCACGUCUACUUCCGGGCCACUAGCAACGCCGCCCAUGCGCGAUUUUACUUUUUCUCGUCGUUUGCGCUGGCAACAGGCAGUGGAUGCGUGAAUCCAAGCGGGCCUCUGCUCGAUGGACCAAUCUGGCAUCGAGGUUAUGAUGGGCCUUGGCUCCUCUCCUCCAACGGCAUCCCCUUCCCGACGUCGUCUGCCCACACCCCCCUCCUCUUCGUUUCGUGAUGCGCACGCCUCUCGUUCUGCAUGGCUCUAGGUUCGACCUGGCCAUGCCCACGCACCCAAGGCUGCGUUAUCUGCGCUUGUUAGUCUGUUUGUUAGCCGUUGUAGACCGCGCCCAGGCUCGUGAUGGGGACAGGCUGCAUUGUGAGAAGCAUGUACCUGGGAUUGUUAGAGGCGGCCGGUAAAAAUCCGUGUCGACAAUAAAUACCCUCUGCGCCCAUACCCUUUGUUCAAGACGAAUAUCCCGUUCCAAGAGAAUCUCUUGUAUUGCACCUGUUGCUCCUUGCUGCACACAAUCCGUUGCUGUUGCUGCUCGUUCCUCGCUCCUUUAGCCCAUUUUCUUCUUCUAUUCACUUGCCCGUCUUCAUCUAGAAGCCCAAACUCUCUUCUUUCUCUCGAAACACAUCAUCCCAGAUGCCAACCAUGCCCGAAGACACUGCCCCCGAUACAGACAAGGAAGCGGCCUUGGACCGUGAUACUCGUAUCACCUUUGACAAUGUCUACCACCCUCGCACUACGCGUGGCCGGUCGACAGACGAUCCCAACGCCCGCCCCGAACGCUCUCGUUCGCGAUCUCGCAGACGCUCCAUGAGCCGCGCUUCCUCUACCUCCCGCGCAAACCUCCCUACUUCCCCCUACUCUGGUAUUCAGAUCGAGUACCGCACCCUCUCCAUCAACGUGGCCGAGUCUCGAGCCGUCGACAACACCUCGAGCGACGACAGCAAGGCCACCUUGUCCAACAAGAAGGAUGACGACUACUUUGGCGGUCUCAACUUCCACCAGCUGACGGUCGAGCAAAUCUGCCAGCAGCAAAACGUUUCCAAGGACGAAGGCCUCUCCGUCAGCGGCGCUUCGGCCCGCAUUGCCCGUGAUGGCCCCAACACGCUCCCCAAGCCAAAGACCAACUACUGGAAGAAGAUCCUCAGCUACGUCUUUGGCGGCUUUUGCUCCGUCCUCUGGGUUGGUGUCAUCAUCUUCUUCAUCUGCUGGCGCCCUCUCAGUGACCCUCCCUCUCCCACCAACCUCGCCCUGGCCAUCCUCGUCAUCAUCGUCAUUGCUCUCCAGGCUGGCUUUUCUGCCUUCCAGGAUUGGUCCACCCAGCGUACCAUGAAGUCCAUCACCGAUCUCCUACCGGCCGAAGCACUUGUUCUUCGGGAUGGCCAGCUUGUCAAAAUGUCGGCUACCGAGUUGGUUGCUGGCGACAUUGUCCACCUCACCAUUGGCAACAAGGUCCCCGCCGACCUUCGCCUUCUCUCACAUUCGGGAGACAUUCGUUUCGACCGUGCUGUGCUGACUGGUGAAUCAGACGAGAUUGAGGGUGCCGUCGAUAUGACUGAUGCCAACUUCCUUGAAAGCAGAAACAUUGCUCUGAUGGGUACCAUGGUCGUCAACGGCAGUGGUGUGGGUAUGGUUGUCUUGACGGGCAGUCGCUCCGUCAUGGGCCGCAUUGCAAAGGCCACCAACUCGGCUGAAGAGCGUCCUACUCUGAUCCAGAUUGAGAUUUGGCGCUUCGUCCGCAUCAUUGUAUCCCUCACCGUCGUUCUUGCCCUCUUGAUUCUCUUCACCUGGGUUGGCUGGCUGCGCAAGGAUCACUUUGCCUACAUGAACGUUGUGGCUAUGCUGAACAACGUCAUGGGCUGUGUCGUCGCUUUCAUUCCUGAGGGUAUGCCCGUCGCUGUCGCCUUGACACUGAUGAUGGUUGCCCGCCGCAUGAAGGCUGUCAACGUGCUGCCCAAGGGUCUCUCCACUGUCGAGACACUCGGCUGCGUCAACGUCAUUUGCUCCGACAAGACCGGCACUCUCACUCAAAAUGAAAUGCACGUCAACUCGGGUAGCUUUGUUGACCAGGUUGUCCCUCUCAACGAGUUCCAGGCAGAUGUGGACAGCGAGAAGCCGGCCGCGUGCAACCGCAAGCUUCUCCAGGCCGCUCUCCUCUGCAACGAUGCCACAUUUGAUCCUACCACCGCCCAUCUCCCCGUCGCUGCUCGUGAAGUUCAGGGCAACGCCACCGAUGCCGCCGUCUUACGAUUUGCCUCUUCCAACAAGCGCAGCGAAAAGGAGACCAGCAUUCUGCCCCGCGUCUUCCAGAUCCCCUUCAACUCCAAGAACAAGUGGAUGCUCACUGUCCACAGAGAUUCCGACGACGUCUCCGAGAAGCAAUACCGCGUGUUUGUCAAGGGUGCUCCAGAUGUGCUUCUGCCCGCUGUGACUAGAUACUGGAGCGCGAAGACGGACUCUGUCCAGCCCUUUGACGCCAACGCCGCCGCCGCCUUCAAGGCGUACCAAGAUUCCCUCUCGCACAACGCCGAGCGUGUCAUUGUCCUCUGUGAGAAGACCAUUACACCCAACAACCCUCUAGGAAGCAACGCUUUCAGUGAUGAAAUUGCCUCUUUUGCCAUGAGCGACUUGACCGUUGUCGGCAUCUUAGGCAUUAUUGAUCCUCCUCGCCCUGAAACCGCCUCUACUGUUGCUGAAUGCCGCCGCGCUGGUGCCCGUUUCUUCAUGGUCACUGGUGACUAUGGCCUCACCGCUGCUGCCAUUGCCCGCAAUGUCGGCAUCUUUACCGGCGAGCGUGGCCCUGACACUAUUGAGCGUAUCCAUUCCAAAAUCGGCAUCUCCGCUGCAGAGCUGCGCAAGGCCCGCCUUGAGGGUGAGCAGCGUGCCCUCCUUCUCGAGGGCCACUCACUUGGUGGUCUGGAGGACGAGGACUGGGACCUCAUCUGCGAAUAUGGCGAAGUUGUAUUUGCCCGUACCACGCCCGAGCAGAAGCUUCGCAUUGUGGAAGAGUUCCGAAAGCGUGAUAACGUCGUUGCCGUCACUGGUGACGGUGUCAACGAUGCCCCCGCGCUACGUGCUGCCGAUGUUGGUAUUGCUAUUGUCACCGGAUCUGACGUCGCCAUCGAGGCUGCCGACUUGGUGCUUAUGGACCGAUUCGACUCCAUCAUCGAAGCUAUCCGCCUUGGUCGCCUUGUGUUUGAGAAUUUGCAAAAGGUUAUUGCCUACCUACUGCCCGCGGGUAGUUGGUCUGAGAUUUGGCCUGUCAUGGUCAAUGUCUUCUUUGGUGUCCCUCUUCCUCUGAGCUCUUUCCUCAUGAUUAUCAUUUGCGUCUUUACCGAUCUGUUCCUCUCUCUCUCGCUCAUCAUGGAAAAGGAGGAGUUUGACCUGCUCUCGCUGCCUCCCCGCAACCACAAGAAGGACCACUUGAUCAACCUCAAGAUUUACGUCCAAGCCUACCUCUUCACUGGUUUCCUCGAAACUACCACUGCGCACGCCAUGUAUUUCUUGUACUACUGGAAGUACGCGGGCAUCCCCAUCAGCGAGCUCUUCUUCCUGUUUGAGGGCUACUCCGAGGGCUUCCACGGCUAUACUGCCGAUGAGCUCACUGCCUUCAACGCCACCGGCCAGUCGAUUUACUUUGUGACUCUAGUCAUCCUGCAAUGGGGUAACAUUUUGUCUGUCCGCAACCGUCGUCUCAGUAUCUUCCAGGCCGAUCCCUUCACCAAGGCUCGCCGCAACCCGUGGUUGAUGCUCAGUGCCGUCAUCAGCUUGGCCAUUGCCAUCUUCGUGACUGAGGUUCCCGGCAUUCAGAACCUGUUUGGUACUGCAUCUGUCCCCAUUCAGUUCUGGCUGAUUCCUAUUCCCCUGGCCCUGGGUAUCCUGGUCAUGGAUGAGAUCCGCAAGGUUAUUGUGCGCACAUUCCCCAACGGCCCCAUCGCCAAAAUUGCCUGGUAAACCAGGCUGGCGGUGACCUAUUUUAGAUUGCGUGCUACUAGACUCGCAUCUAUUUUUUUAUUUGUUUAUUUUGACGGCGUUUAUAUUUAGAUUGAUAUCUCGGGUAGCAUCAGAAGCGUUCUCUUUUAUACACUGAAGUAUUAGUAUCAAAUGCAACAAGCCAGUUUCUUGAAUUAUGCUGACUGUCUCGUGAAAUGGAGUAGUGUAAGCCUCCAUCUGCUCCUUUAAUACCCAGUUACCGUAAUUAGCGAUGUCAACUAAUAUUCUCUUUGAGUUGGAAACAUGUGAAUUAUGUAUAACUAUCUUGGUAUUAGAUUCCGUCAACCUCUUCAGCGGCUUCUGAUCAACCUGCGUAAGCAAGCCGACACACCCACCGCCAGGAUCGAAGUUGCUAUACAAGCCCGGAAUCAAGGUAGAUGUACCACAAAAUUAACCGAGCUCUGCAAAAUUUUAGGUUUGGGCU